AUGAAGGUCUUCACUAUUCUUGGGGCGGCGGCAGCUCUCUUCAUCGCCCCGGUUGUGGCUCAGGACAAUGGUGUAUACUCCAUCCUGCCUGUACCGUCGAGCACCCCGACUCCAUCUCCCACGGGCCCUCCUUCGUCGACUCCGUGGCCCCCGGGUGUGCCCCGUCCCACGGGCAGCUACCCUCCCAGCUCGAGCUCCAUUCCCCCCUGGCCAACUCCGACGCCCGGCUUUCCUUUCCCUCCUGGCGAUGCUCCUCCGCACGGAAGCCCCAACUUCCCGGUCAGGCGCAUUCAUGCUCGUCAGCUCCGUGGUCUGAAUGCUUAG